AUGGGGUGGCAGAACCUGAGCAGCUCCUUGCGGCUCUGGGACACGAGCUCCAAGGCUGUCGGCGAGGUUGAGGCCGCAGCUGAGGAGCUGCUUGCCAGUGGCAAUGACGCGGAGGCUUUGCAGCUCUUUUCCGAGGCGUUGGAUCCGUCGCUGCAGCGUGGGACUGACUUCCUCAAGCGCCUCGCUCAGACCGAGGGGGCCAAAUGUCGCUGCGAUGCUGUUUGGUAUGGCGACACGAUUGCCUACGGCUGCAAGACCUGCGGCCUUUCCUCGGCCAGCUGCAUCUGCGUUUUCUGCUUCGAUGCCGGAGACCACGAGGGCCACGACUUCUACAUCUCCCGUUCCGACUACGGGUGCUGCGACUGUGGCGAUGCCUAUGCCUGGCGACAGAGUGGCUUCUGCCGACACCACCCUGGCCCACGGGAAGAUUCAGAUCCCGCCCAGCUGCUGCCGGAAGCCACGCGCAGACGAGCACAGCUGCUUAUUCCUGCACAAGUUCGGCGGCUAGUGAACUUUCAUCCGAGCGUUCUGCCCGGCGUCGACCCGCCACCGGUGCCGAGCGAGCCUCGCCGGACCAGAUCCGCUUAUUCGGCGUCGAGCAAAGGUACCUCGACUGGAUCCCAAAGCUCUCGAGCAACCGACGAGGAUUCCCUUCGGGUCUUGAUCACCGGCAUCAACCUCCGAGUGACGGAGGAGCAGCUCCGCGAGUUUCUGGAAAGCAAGCUGAGCCUUGGCCUUCCGGCGGCAGAGGUCGCCACGCUUCAAAACUUGGAGUUACAGCGAGACCAGGACAGCAAGGCCUCCAAGGGGCGAGCCUACAUCAACAUGGCCUCCAAGGCUGGAGUGACAGCGAUAGUUAAUGCCAGCGGCGAAGUGCUCCGUGGCAGCCCCUUGCGAAUGCACGUGGGCCCAUCAGCGAUUGCUGAAGCAGAAAAGCAUCUACAGGCUUUAGAGACCAAUUUCGAAUGGCUGCUGAAUUUAGGUGGCUUUCAUGACGGUCUUCGCAAGAUCAUUGGCCAGGUCUUUUUGGACCGAAGGCUUUUUGUCCAGGGCCAAAGUGCCGUGGAGGUCUUGCUCAGGCAUUCGCACUUGAUGGAGCCCUCGGUUCGCAAGCUUGAGACCAACCUCAUGGUCGAUCUCAUGCUCGACCUGGAUUUCAAGCACCGCUUUGCACAGGUGUUCACCACACUCUAUCCGGAACUGGUGCGCAACCGGGAAGGAAAUCAAGACACAAACGAGCUGGGAGAUUUCACUUGCCAGAUCUUCACCAGACAGGAUGUUACGAUGGAGCUCGUUCGCGACAGGGACCUGGUGAAGACAUUGCUGGAGUGUCUGUGGGGGCUGCUGCGCCCCGCGCUUCUCAGCGACUCUGCACCGGCGGUCUUCAAUCACGAGUCGAACAUCUUCCGUGACCACGAGAUCAUUCAGUGUUCGAUGGAUCUGUUGUAUGUGCUGGAUCACUCGGACAUCGCGAGGGAGAUCAUUCGAUCGCCGCGCCUGAGCGGAGAGCUGUGGGCUGGAUGGAUCCAGAUUCUAAUAUCCAUGCAGGCAAUGAAUCCGCACAAGCGCCGCAGCGUCAAUCACGUGGAGUUCACCAGCCCCUCCUGGGGAAAUGCACUCACUCUGCACACAGACCUUGGGUCCAACACCUGGCUCAUCCUGGAUGCUAUCGAAUUCAAGGCUGAGCUCGAGUCAGUGAAAGACAUGGCGCAGCUGGCUUGGCGCGAGCUGCGCAGUUGGAUGGUGCAGGUGCACGCAGCCGAGGGCCGCGUUGGAGCCGCUGCCAUGGAAGGUGCUUUUGAUUACGAGGUAUCAAGAGGCACCAGUUUUCAUGUUCCGGUGAACCGGGUCUUGGCCCUCUUGCUGCACCAGCUCUGCAUUCGAGCUCCGAGGGCGCGUGGUGACGGUAGUUUGGUGGAAGAGGUGUUCCGCGCUGUUGGAAUGUCGGCUGAGUCCGACAUCAUUUGGUGGAUGGAGCACCCUCUCAGGGCGUUGGUCCUUCACUGGCAGGUGAUGGCCGGCAUGUGGCGUCGAAACGGAGAGGCUCUCGAGCACGAGAGUGAGUUCUACAGGAUGAACUAUUGGCACCACCUGCUCAUCGACGUGGAUCUCCUGGUGAUGCGCAUGGCCGCGCUCGCUCUGAGGCCGGAGACCUUCUUCCGAGUGACGUUGAAGCGGUUUGAGCUUGGCCACUGGCUGCUCCCUGGAGAUCCGAUGGGGAGGCUGCUUCUCGGCGAGGAGCCGGAGCAGGAGUUCGCCAUGAUGAAGCUGCAGAGCUUCGUGCUUUUUUUGUACCAGCUGCUCAGCUGGAACACUCACCUUUCGCUGACCUGGCCGCAGCUCGUGACACAUACGACCAGGCAAUUCCUCAGCGUCGGUCCCAAGAGCCAUUCGCAGCUUUGGGAUCCUCGCCUGGAGCGCUCUACUGCCACCGCGACUGCCAAGGACCAGCAGAUGUUGGAGGCCGCGCUGCGGGAAAUCAGCUCCUUCUCUGAAGCCGAUGGCAGCGGCCACAACCCUGCGAAGUACCACCUGAGGGAAGACCAGUGGUUUGCCGUGGACCCCUACUACCAUCUCUUCGCCUGGAGUGAGCAGCAGAAGGUAGAGGAGAACUUGGUCGCGGCCAUGAAGGCGCGCGGCGGGGACCUGUCGACCUGGAUCGAGGAGUCGGUGCGGCUCCAGCCACCGCUCCGUGAAGCUUUCCGGCUGCCGUUCUUCCGAUGGUGCACCUCUGGAAUGGUCCAGGCCUUCUGCUGGUUGCUGUUGGUUCGCCUGGCUUUCCUCCCCCAAAAGGACGUGUCGUCCGAUGGUCGACUCCUCGUGCUUGCCCUCCUCCUUGCCAUUCGUUCCACAAAUGCUGAGGAGAUCCCACCGUGCGGGUUGUCAGAUGUGGACAUGGGGGCGGUCUCGCCGAUUCCUGGGGAGGAGGUGCAGCUCACCUGGCUCGCCAAGGCCGUGACCCCUUUGUCCCACACCGCCACGCGCAAGUUCUGCGUGCAGGUGACGACAGCCGGCCCUGCAAAGGCUGAGCUGAAUGUGUCGUUGAUGGAUGCCGUGGACAGGUUGGCGGCGGUGGGGGGGAACGUCUCGAGCAGUUUAGCGCGGGGCCUUCGGCAGCGGCUGCAGCGAGAAAGGGCGGUGCCAAGCUCGGACAGCGCCUGCCAUGGUGACGAGGACCGCAAGGCUAAGCGUCGCAAGGCUGCGGAGAGGCAGCAGCGCAUGCUCGAGAACCUGCGAAAGCGCCAAGCUGCAUUCAUCUCCGGUGCAGGACGCGAUUUGCUGGAAACAGACACCAAGUCGCAAGAGCAAAACGGUGUGGAUGCUGAGGCUGGCUUGGCUGGCAUGGAGAUGUCUCCUGCCGAGUGUGUCGUCUGCAUGUCGCACCAGGAAGGAGAAGACUCGGACAACCCGCUUGGACUCAUCUGCUUCCUGCGACCUGCGGUGGCCUCCUCCGUGCCCAGAUCCAGAGUGCCGACGGAGCAAGCGGUCCUGCUCCAGCAGCCGAAGACCCCGGUGUGUGGCCCGCCAAGGAGGCCGCAGUGCUUCGAAGCGCAAGCGCCGGAUGGACUCGUCUUGGCUCGCGCUUGCUCGCAUCGCAUGCACUUCUCCUGCUGGCGGAGCUUCCGUCCAGCAUCCCUCCGCUCUGGAGGUGAUCGGAUCUCGUGCCCCUACUGCGGAACCGUAGCCAACGCCUUCCUGCCGGUCGGAGACAUCGGAGAAAGCGCCAGGUUCCGCCUGCCACUCCGGGCUGCAGGAGCUGCAGACGAAGCCGUGGAGUUCCCAAUUCCACGCCGUCAUGCAGAUGCAUCGGAUGACUUUCUUGCUUGCUUGGAAGGCCAGCUUCGGCGCCUUGGCCAACAGCAUACUCAGGCAGCCUGUCUUCCGGAGGCUCUUGGUGCUGCGCCUGGAGUGGCCGGCCCAAUGAUGUCCCUUAGCAAGCUGUGCGCAGACAGCAUAGCUUUGGCAGAGGUGCGAUUGAGGACGCGACCUGCUGCAGCCGCGGCGGCCGGAGUUGAGGCGUCCCGGGCGGCGUCCUCGGCAUCCUCGGCCUCGGCUUCGGCGUCCUCGGCCUCGAGGACGCUGGAUGGCAGCGAGACCUCGGCUGCUGCCUCGAUGCUUCGUGGUAUCAUUGCCGAGGCCAUUGAUGCCACACCGCCACUGACGCAGGUGCUCGGCGGUAAACUGGCAACCUUUCUCUUGUCCACAACACCGCAUGGUCGCUUUCAGACUUUGACAGCCUUGUUGCUUUGUCUCUGCAAGAAUCGUUCUGCGUGCCAAGCUUCUGAGCUGGGCCGUGCAAGGCAGUUGGUUCAUGGAUUCUACCUAUUAGAGGCGGUGGUUGUCCUUUCUUGUCUGUGCGAUGACGCACUGAUUGAAGCAGGUUUUCAUCAAGCUUCAGGACAUGCGGCUGAAUCCGAGAGUAUUUGGAGCAUGGUGCAGACCUUGGCAUCGACUGGUCAAGGAGCCGAUCAAUCAAUGCGGCUCACUCCUAUCCGGACCCUAGCAGAGGCAGCCAAAGUGCUGAAGCUCGCCUUGAAUCCCUUUCUGUUCAAGGUCCGGAUGUUGCUUUAUCUACUUUCACCAGAUAACUUUCCGUCGACGGAAGCGAUUUUCACGAAGAGCGGGAUGGAGGUGCUUCCGCCCGCCGAGGACCACUCCCGCCUGGCAAGCGGUGAAAACGGCUUGCCAGAGGUGGAGGAGCUGUUAAUGCUUCGGCCGCAGAACUGUCGUCUGGACAUUGCGGCGCUAACUUCGUUGAUCGGAUGCAUUCCCCCAGAGAGUUUGCAUCGAGGACUUCAGCCGCGGUCGCCUUUAUUGUUGGUUCUUGUCGACGAUGCGGAAAUGGCUGAAGCUCCCAUGCAUGUGUGGCAGGUGUCCUCUGCCGGCUUUUCACGACUUCAAGCUAGUGGCUGUGAGGAGUUCGUGGAGUUGAGCUCCAACGCCUUUCCAGCGAAUGGCAGGGGUCGGCUGUACUGUGUGGCUUAUCGGCUCUCCUUGCCUGUGAUCACUGGCAAAGUGUACCAAAAGUUUUACACACAGUUUGUGCAUGCACGCUGCCCGGUAUGCACCACUACAUCUUCGAUCCCCACGCUGUGCCUGCUUUGUGGUACUUUCCUGUGCUGCAACUCAGAGUGCUGCAGGAGAGAAGGUGAAGGAGGGCAGAUGCUGGGAGAAGUGACGCAGCAUGCGCAGGUCUGUGGCUUUGGGACCUGCAUUUUCUUGCAGCUCUCCAACUCGCUAGUGCACAUCGUGUCCGACGGUCUCAUCACGUGUUGGGGAUCCCUUUACCUGGAUGGGCACGGAGAGGAGGAGUACAACUUGUCCCGGCCAUUGUACAUAUCAGAAGUGCGGCUGCAGCAGCUGACACAGCUUGUGCGGGAGGCGGCCUUUGAUUUCGAGUCCCGGUUGAAGUGGAAGAAGGUUAUUUUCGUUUGA